CCGAAAGUGACGAGAAUUGCACCGGGCCAUUGAUAUUUUACCAAUAAAUAGCAGAUCUAGUUUACAAAAGACCAGGCAGUCGAUUGAAAGGUGUGCUCAGUGAUAGGAUUGGGACUAAUUUGCUCACUUUCGCUGCAGUUCUUGAUUUCUCGCGCAAGCCUUCGCGAUGCAUUUUUUGCGCACUGCAUGCGAAAUCGCACGUACGUCAUCUGGCGCGUCUCUGCCGGGGACGCUGCUGCGGUCACGUAGCGCACGGACGUUCUGCUCCCAGAUCGAACCGAAACCACAGCCGCCCAAAUCACCGGCACCGGGUACCGCCGGUGGCAAUGGGACAAGUAUCAGUUCCCACACGCACUCGCCCAACAGUUUGGAAAAGCGAAUGCUGGUGUUCGCCAAAAGAUACAAAUCCGUUGAUGAGGUUCCUAAUUUCAUCAGCCAGGAGAAGAUGGAACGCGUGAGAAAUCAGGUGCGAAUAAAAAUUGCCAACUACAUGAUGAUUGCAACCGCGAUUGGGUGCAUCGUGAUGGUGAUCAGCGGCAAGAAAGCUCAGGAGCGCGGCGAAUCCGUGGCACAAAUGAACCUCGACUGGCACAAGGAAUACAACGAGAAGGCUCGUGCCGAGUACGAAGCAUCAUUGGCGACCGAUACGAAAAAGUAGACCCUUUUGUAGCGAAUCCUUUUCACCCUUUUUAAAAUGUUACAAAAAUUGUCAAGAGUGAAAGUCCAUGUUUUACGCUCUAGAACAUAUUGUUUGUAUUAUCGUGUAAAUACACUAUAGGGCUAUAGAUGCUCGAA